GAAUUGUGUGAUGGCAUUGUUGCCUUUCCUAUGUCCUCUGGUCCUCUCUUACCUAGAGAGGGCCUGGAAUUUUAAAAUCUCUAUUAUAUGAGGAGUAUAUAUUUGGACAUUUUAAGUUGCCAUUAGUUUUGGUCCCAAUUUUUCUUUUUACAAAUAUCAAAAUAAAAUUUAUUAAGAAAAAGGAUCCUGUAGUUGGAGGUCUUGGUCUGGAAUAUAGGCAUUCUAUUACUACUGUUAAGAGCACACGUUUUCUCCAACGUGGCCUGGGAACUGUCUGCUGGGGAACCAACAUUGUCUGGGUCUUGUUUCUGCUCAACCGGUAACUGCCCAACGGAAGUGGCGAGUCGGAGCUCUUUAUAGCAGUGAGUUGAAUCACCCUGGCAACGGGAGGGGCACGAAGCAACGCCCUUUCCGCCGGAAGUAAUGUCAGCUUCCACGUGCUGUCCCUCCCCCUCCUGGCCCAGUAGCGACGGCUCAGCUGCUACCAUGGAGCCCACCGGCCUAGAACAAAUCCUACGGGAGCUACUACUGCCAGACACCGAGCGCAUCCGCCGGGCCACCGAACAGCUCCAGGUCGCUCUUCGGGACCCUGCCGCCCUGCCCGUACUCUGCGACCUGCUGGCCUCAGCGGCCGACCCCCAGAUCCGCCAGUUCGCAGCCGUGCUGAUUCGCAGACGAUUGAACACCCGCUGGCGGCGACUGGCAACGGAACCUCGGGAGAGUCUCAAGUCCCUGGUACUGACAUCCCUGCAGAGAGAGACAGAGCACUCUGUGAGCCUCAGCUUGGCCCAGCUCACAGCCGCCAUUUUUCGGAAGGAAGGCCUGGAAGCCUGGCCUCAGCUCAUGCAGCUUCUUCAGCAUAGUACCCACAGUCCUCACAUCCCCGAGAGAGAGAUGGGGCUUUUGUUGCUGAGUGUGGUGGUGACUUCCAGGCCUGAAGCUUUCCAAGCCCACCACCGGGAGCUGCUACGCCUUCUGAAUGAGACUCUUGGUGCUGUGGGUUCUCCCGGGCUGCUCUUCUACUCCCUGCGCACUCUGACCACCAUGGCCCCCUAUCUUGGCACUGAUGAUGUGCCUCUCGCGCGGAUGUUAGUGCCCAAGCUCAUCGUGGCCGUGCAGACUCUGAUCCCCAUAGAUGAGGCAAAGGCCUGUGAGGCCCUGGAGGCCCUAGACGAGCUACUGGAGUCAGAGGUGCCCAUCAUCACCCCCCACCUCUCUGAGGUCCUCACAUUCUGCCUGGCGGUGGCUGGAAACGUAACCCUGGGCGAUGCAAUACGAGUGCGUAUUCUGUGCUGCCUUACUUUCUUGGUCAAAGUCAAGAGCAAGGCCUUACUGAAGAAUCGUCUGCUGCCACCCUUGCUCCAAACCCUUUUUCCUAUUAUGGCUGCUGAGCCCCCUUUGGGCCAGUUGGAUCCCGAGGACCAGGAUUCAGAAGAGGAAGAGUUGGACAUUGGACUAGUGGGAGAAACUCCCAAGCACUUUGCUGUACAGGUUGUGGACAUGCUGGCACUGCACUUGCCCCCUGAGAAGCUCUGUCCCCAGCUGAUGCCCAUGUUGGAAGAGGCCUUGAAGAGCGAGAGCCCAUACCAGCGCAAGGCUGGCCUUCUUGUACUGGCUGUGCUAUCCGAUGGAGCUGGUGACCACAUCAGGCAAAGACUGCUGCCCCUGCUGCUGCAGAUUGUAUGCAAGGGCCUGGAGGACCCAUCACAAGUUGUACGCAAUGCCGCACUGUUCGCCCUGGGCCAGUUCUCAGAGAACCUGCAGCCCCACAUCAGUAGCUACUCAGGGGAGGUGAUGCCACUGCUCCUUACCUACCUGAAGUCGGUGCCACCUGGACAUACACAUCAUCUAGCCAAGGCCUGCUAUGCCCUGGAGAAUUUUGUGGAGAACUUAGGGCCCAAGGUGCAGCCUUACCUUCCGGAGCUUCUGGACUGUAUGCUGCAGCCUCUCAGGAACUCCAGCAGCCCUCGAGCCAAGGAGCUGGCUGUGAGCGCCCUGGGGGCCAUUGCUACGGCUGCGCAGAGCUUCCUGCUGCCCUACUUCCCCACUAUUGUGCAGUGCCUGCGGGAAUUCCUUGUAACAGGCCACGAGGACCUUCAGCCAGUGCGGAUCCAGAGCCUGGAGACGCUUGGGGUGCUGGCACGAGCAGUGGGGGAGCCUAUGAGGCCCCUGGCUGAGGAAUGCUGUCAGCUGGGCCUGGGUCUGUGCGACCAGGUAGACGACCCUGAUUUGAGGCGAUGCACAUACGGCCUGUUUGCAGCUUUAUCAGGGCUGAUGGGGGAGGGCCUGGCCCCCUACCUGCCACGAAUCACCACGCUCAUGCUGUUGUCGCUGUGCUCCACCGAGGGCAUUGUGCCUCAGUAUGACGGUAGCAGCUCCUUCCUUCUGUUUGAUGAUGAGAGUGAAGGGGAAGAGGAGGAGGAAGAGCUCAUGGACGAGGACGUGGAAGAGGAGGAGGACUCGGAGAUCUCAGGGUACAGUGUGGAGAAUGCCUUCUUCGAUGAGAAGGAAGAUACCUGUGCUGCCCUGGGGGAGAUUGCUGUGAACACUGGCGUGGCCUUCCUUCCCUACAUGGAAAGUGUGUUCGAAGGAGUCUUUCAACUGUUGGAAUGCCCUCACCUGAACGUUCGGAAAGCAGCCCAUGAGGCUCUGGGUCAGUUCUGCUGUGCACUGCACAAGGCCUGUCAAAGCUGCCCCUCAGAACCCAACACUGCUGCUCUGCAGGCUGCCCUGGCUCGGGUGGUACCGUCCUACAUGCAGGCGGUCAGUGGGGAGCGGGAACGCCAGGUGGUGAUGGCUGUGCUGGAGGCCUUGACGGGGGUGCUGCACAGCUGCGGGACUGUCGCACUACAGCCCCCUGGGCGCCUUGCGGAGCUCUGCAGUAUGCUCAAGGCCGUGCUGCAGAAGAAGACAGCCUGCCAGGACACUGACGAGGAGGAGGAGGAGGAUGACGACCAGGCUGAAUACGACGCCAUGUUGCUAGAACACGCCGGAGAAGCCAUCCCUGCUUUGGCAGCUGCAGCUGGGGGAAGUGCCUUUUCUCCCUUCUUUGCUGGCUUUUUACCUUUGUUGCUAUGCAAGACAAAACAGGGCUGCACAGUAGCAGAGAAGUCUUUUGCGGUAGGAACACUGGCGGAGUCCAUUCAGGGCCUGGGUGCUGCUUCAGCCCAGUUUGUCUCUCGGUUGCUCCCCGUACUGUUGAAUACUGCCCGGGAGGCAGACCCUGAAGUGCGAAGCAAUGCCAUCUUCGGGCUGGGCGUGCUGGCAGAACAUGGGGGCCGUCCUGCCCAGGAACACUUCCCCAAGCUCCUGGGGCUCCUAUUGCCCCUUUUAGCACGGGAGCGCCAUGAUCGUGUCCGUGACAACAUCUGUGGGGCACUUGCCCGCCUGCUGAUGGCCAGUCCCACAAGAAAACCGGAACCCCAGGUGCUGGCCGCCCUGCUGCAUGCCCUGCCACUGAAGGAGGACUUAGAGGAAUGGGUCACCAUUGGACACCUCUUCAGCUUUCUCUACCAGAGCAGUCCUGACCAGGUGGUAGAUGUGGCUCCUGAACUCUUGCGCAUCUGCAGCCUGGUGGUAACUGACAACAAGAUCUCCGCAGAUGCCAAGGCUGCCCUGCUGCUGCUCCUGACCUUCUUGGCCAAACAGCAUGCCGACAGCUUCCAGACUGCCCUGGGCUCACUGCCUGGCGACAAGGCUCAAGAGCUCCAGGCCACUCUGGGCCUCACCUAG